UGCAGCGCAAACUCACAUGCACAUGCACGACGUGGGUGAUGCUUUCCUGGUUACCAGGAAAAACUCCCACCCUAGCUAACCCCGUAUAAAAACCCCAUCAACUCCUCACCCUCUCGCACUCCCUCCACCUCCAUCGAAUCUCUCGUGUCUCUGAGCUCACUGCUCACCUCCGAUCCAUCUCAAAUCACCACAUUCUUGGCGAAUUCUCCAAGCUCCAGCUCUGACCACCGUGGCGGUUUAAAAUGUUGUCUUCACACCACGAGGCCAUGAUGCUGUACACGCCGCGGCCGCCGUCGCUGCUGGUGGACCGGCGGUACAAGCAGGGCGGCGAGGCGGCACCCAACUGCCCGCGCUGCGACUCGCCCAACACCAAGUUCUGCUACUACAACAACUACAGCCUCAGCCAGCCGCGCUACUUCUGCAAGGGGUGCCGCCGGUACUGGACCAAGGGUGGUUCCCUCCGGAACGUGCCCGUCGGCGGCGGGUGCCGGAAGAACCGACGGGGCAAGUCGUCGGUGCGGUCGGCGGCCGAGUCCAUCGCGAGCGGCCGUGACGCGGCAUUCGGUCACCGGUUCCCCGGCCCUGUCCGGCCUGACUUGGUCCUGGAAGGCAUGGUGGGCAACCCGGCGAACCCCGGUCAGCCGAUGCCUGAGAUGCCCGCAUCGGCAGACGGGUCCACCAUUGACCUCGCAAUGCUGUACGCCAAGUUUCUGAACCACCCGUCGGCCGACGCCGCCGUCGGUACAGUGACGCUGGAGUCGGCAGGGCAGUUGGACGAGGCAUUUGACACGUUCAGCGCGUCCAGCGACCUGAGCCCCGGCGUUCUGGUGCCAGCGCAGUUCGAUCCUUUCCACGACGGGUUCGGUGAGUGGUCCGGGCCAGUGAGCAGCACCGACCCGACGAGUACGACUAGUACUGCCACCGCAACUACCAUGCUAUGCACUGACGUGAGCCUGCAAGCGGCGCUCGGCGAGCUCAACUUCGCCAUGGAUCAGAGCCGCUUCGACUCGCUAGGGUUGCCCACCGACGUCGGCAACCUCUCGUCGUGGUGUUCGAUCGUGCCGAGGUUGUCGACGUUGGAGGAUACCAAGUAUGACUCGUUGGAUUCGUUCCCCGACGACGCCCUGAGCCUCCAUGAGAGCAUGAUUAGCGUGUCUGAUCAUGAUUGGAGCGUGGAUUGCGAAGGAUUGGAGGCUCUCUACAUGCCUUAACUACACGAUUAAAUUCUUCUUCUUUUUGCUAAUCUGAUGUUGUUCUUGUGAUUGGUUUGUUACAUUUUCUCUCUCUUUUCUUUCAUUCAAUUUGGUUUGGAAGAAAAAUUAUAUAUAUAGAUAUGUAUGUUUUGAAGAGAGGGGAGGAAGAAGUCACUCAUGUAAUGGAGUUAAGGUUUCGGUAUACUUGUGAGAUAGAGACAAUACAAUAAAGCUUGAAAA